UCCUGGUGUGCUUGGUGCUUGAGGUCAGAGUGAGCGGUGUGCGGCGCAACAGAUGCCGCACGGAGAAAUAAGCCUUUAAUACCCACAGGACCCGGGAAGGGGUAACUACACUCAACACACAACAGCGACUUAAGUGAAACCCUUCACGCAACUCUUUCAGUCUCCGGUGGUGUCCUGCGCGUCGCGGUCCUUGGACGAAUUUUCACCGUUACGCACAAACUGGCGCUCAGGCAACAAGCGUUUCUGUUGCACAGGAAAGUAUCUUCGGAGUUACCCACCUGAGAGGAGGGAAACCCACUCUCAUGGCACGCCUGUCCGUAUCUGAUUUACUGGAGCCAGGGGAAUUGUAAUUUGAACCGGUCUUUACAACCGUGGAAUAGCGCUGCAGCACACCUUUAACUGCCAUGCCGCCCAAAAAGAAGGGAGAGCGUCAGGACACAGAUGUCAUUGAGGAAAGAAAUGCCCAGGUGCAGCUGGAGAAGGCCAAGUACAAGCCUGUGGCAUUUGCUGUACGAUGCAACUUCUCUUACACGCCAGCAGACGAUGACAACGUCCCUGUACCAGGCCAAGCUGUCACUUUUGAGGCCAGGGACUUCCUACAUAUCAAAGAGAAGUUUAACAAUGACUGGUGGAUUGGACGGCCAGUGAAGGAGGAUGGUGUGGUGGGCUUCAUCCCCAGUCCAGUCAAUCUGGAAACCAUUCUCAUCAGAAGGGAAGUCCAAGCGAGGAAAGCUGCCAAGGCUUUAGCCAACAAAGCUGCAUCUCAAGCAGCUCAAGAUAUGAACUCAAAGAAAUAUACUCCGCCAUCACAAGCCAAUCAGCAGGUGAAAAAAAAGCCGGGGGAGCAGGUGGCUAUGUAUGAUGUAGUGCCUACAAUGCGUCCUGUGGUUCUAAUGGGACCAUCACUGAAGGGCUUAGAGGUUACAGAUAUGAUGCAAAAAGCACUAUUUGAUUUUUUAAAACAUCGAUUUGAAGGCAGAAUUACUAUUACACGGGUCACAGCAGACAUCUCACUGGCUAAACGGUCCAUCCUCAACAAUCCUGGCAAAAAGGCCUUAAUUGAUCGGUCCAACACCCGCUCCAAUUUAGAUGCUGCUGCCCAGAUCCAAGGGGAGGUGGAGCGUAUCUUUGAGCUCGCCCGCAGUCUGCAGUUGGUUGUUUUAGAUGCAGACACCGUCAACCACCCUCUGCAGGUGUCCAAGACCUCCCUGGCUCCAAUUCUGGUCUAUGUCAAGAUCUCCUCCCCAAAAGUGUUGACAAGACUGAUCAAGACUAGAGGGAAGUCUCAGACCAAACAUCUGAAUGUUCAGCUUGUGGCAGCAGACAAGCUUGCCCAGUGUCCACCCGAAAUGUUUGAUGUCAUCUUAGAUGAAAACCAGCUAUCAGAUGCCUGUGAGCACAUUGCUGAUUACCUGGAAUCCUACUGGAGAGCCACUCAUCCACCAGAGAUGGAGCCUGCCAACGCAGUGGUGGCCCAGUUGGCUGAGAAUACACUGCCUGCCAGUCCUACAGUAAUACCGGAUGAGCAGAAAAGCAAGAAGUCAGCUGCCCCCAAGAGGAAGGGCUCCCGUGAGAACCACCUAGAGCAGGAGCCCCCUUCAGUCCCAGCUCAGGAGCAGAGGACUGAGGAGGGCCAAAGAGAAGAGGAAGAGCGGCUCCUGAGGACUGAACCAAAGAGACCCCAGCACACCCACCACCAUCACCAUCACCACCACCAUCGGCGGAUGGAGCAGCACAGCCACACCCAGCACAGCCAAACAUCAGGUGGCGUGGAAAUACAGUCGAGCCGGGAUUAUGCCCCGAGGCCUCCUCGAAGGUACAUGCCCGAGGAGAGGGAUGGAGAGGUGGACGAUGGAGUGAAGGAGGACGAGGAGGACAUUUACUGUAACUUUCGAGUUCAUAACCACCAUCAUCAUAACAGCAACCACCACCACCAUCACCACCACCACCACCAACAUCAUCGUGGAAACAGCCAGCCAUAUGCCGGAGAGGACUAUGAACAGGAGCACAAUGAGCGCAACCGGCAGCACAGGCAUCACCAGCAUAUUCCAUCACGGACACACCACACGAUGGAUCAGUAUCCUGCACACAACCAUCACAGCUACCAUCACUACCACGGCAGAGAGAGGGACAGGGACAGAGACAGAGACAGAGACAGAGACAGAGAUAGAGAUAGAGAUAGAGAAAGACACAAGGACAGGGAAAGGGACAGAGAUAGGGAUCGAGGUAGAGACAAAGACAGAGAUGCACGACAGUGGCACAGAGAUUCCUAUAUACACUAGUGACUGUUUCUACUGCAGGUUGGUGCAUGGAUUCAUGCUGCUCAUUUUAUAACGCAUUAAUGGGCAGGGCAGUUUGUGUCUUCUUUGUAGUCAGUGUUUCUCCUCAUAUGUUUGCAAUUUUUAAAAAAAAAAAGAUUUCCCCUCUAUCACAUGAACACACCUGGUUCUUUCUUAUUUUAGCAUUUGUAAGAUACAUUUUUUUUUUUGUAUGUUUUAUUUUAUCCUAAUUCUUAUGGCUCCAUGUGUGUUUUGCACAAACGGUGGUCAGUGUUAAACUGCAUCAGAAUGCUCAUGCAUCAUUCCGUUCUGAAGUUGGGAUUACUAUAAUAAUUUCAGUAUCAGCUAUGGUUAUUUAUUUUCUAUGCCAUUGUUUUGUCCUCAAAACUCACUGCAGGCAAUGGCUUUGUUUGACCAACAGUCCAAUAUCCAGAGACGCUCAGUUUACAGUGAUGCAGAGUAUUGAAUCUAUUGUACUUUAUGUAUCCAGCAUACAGUAUCUAAGACAUCAUAAUAAGAUGUGUUACUGGGACUGUGUUGAGAUAUCUUGAGAUAUUGUUAAACAUUAUUUUGUUUCAGCUUGGCAUAAUUUGGUUGUUGGACUGUAGGCCAAACAAAACAAUCAGUUUGAAGAUGUCACUUUAACCUCUGGGGGAAUUGCAAUGUGCAUAUUUUACAUUUUAUUCAAUAAAUAGUAAAUUUACUAAUGAAGAAAGGGGCAGGUUCAUCAGUUAACAACUAACUCAUAAUCUGCUCAGAAUGCGAAAAGAAAAAAGUUGCAAUGAAUGCUGUAUUUUUAGAUAUUAUUUUUUACAUAUUUACACAGUGAACUGUGGGGAACAACUGACUUGUGCAUUUCAAUGUCAUAUCUUCAUUUAAAUCGGUGUAUCAAAAGGCAACGAUUUAUUUUAAACAUUGUUAUGAAAAGUCAAACUAUUUUUCUACAUGAUUUGAAAGGGAAGUCAUACUUUACUUCCUACUUUUUAAACUGGUGUACAAGCAUAUUUACUGACUUGCAUUUGCUGUCUGGAAGCAUGAAUAAUCUUUUGGUGACACUGACCUGUGCUAUAUGCUGGAUAUUCUAUGCAUCUUCUUGUGAUAAAAUAUAUUGCUUGAAUACAAUCUCUAUGCAUUUGUACAUACUUCAUAAUUGCCUUGUUAAGUAAAUGUAAGGAGAACCAGAAAGCCUCUUGCACUGUUUGGUAGAACUUCGGUAUAACCACUGAUUUAACAAGAUGGGAUUGACACUGUUCCUUUCAAGACUUGUUUUUUGGUUAUUUUUGUGUUUGUUUGUUGGUUGGUUGGUUUUGUACAGCAUUCAGAAGUUCAUUUAGAGAAAUAUGCAUUCUAUUAUUGAAAAUC